UCACGGCACCGCAUUGGCAUUGGGAUCGCGCACUGACCGGACACCCCGGCGCCAUGGCCAGCCUUGCCAGAGUCUGUUCCCUCCUGCUUGUUGGCGUCGCCGUCGUCCUGCUCCUGCCGGGCACGUACGGGUCGUACAGCAACUGCCCGCCGGGACAUGGCGGCGGCGGUGGUGGUGAUCCCGGACACCACCACCCGCCCCACCACGGCAAGCCGCCCAAGCACCACCACGGCCCACCGUCGGGCCACAAAUGCCCGCCGUGCCACCCGCCGCCCACGCCGCGGCCACCGCCGACUCCGCCGUACGGGCCUCCCACGCCACUGCCACCGCCGUACGUGCCGCCCACGCCGCUCCCACCGCCCUACACCCCGCCGACGCCACCGUACAUUCCACCAAGCCCGCCGUACGUGCCACCGACGCCACUUCCACCGCCGUACGUGCCACCAUACGUCCCGCCGACGCCGCCAUACACUCCGCCCUACGUCCCGCCAACUCCACCAUACACGCCGUCGCCGCCCUACGUGCCGCCGACACCGCCAUACACGCCGCCCUACGUGCCGCCGACACCGCCCUACACGCCGCCCUACGUGCCGCCGUCGCCGGGGCCGGGGAGGAAGACGUGCCCGAUCGACGCGCUGAAGCUGAACGCGUGCGUGGACGUGCUGAGCGGGCUGGUGCACCUGGUGAUCGGGCGGGAGGCGCGGAGCAAGUGCUGCCCGCUGGUGCAGGGGGUGGCGGACCUGGACGCGGCGCUGUGCCUCUGCACCACCAUCCGGGCGCGGGUCCUCAACAUCAACAUCUACCUCCCCGUGGCGCUCCGGCUGCUCAUCACCUGCGGCAAGCACCCGCCCAACGGCUUCCAGUGCCCCACCGUGCUCGACGCCUAGCCUGCAUAGUGCAUAGCCGCUCGGCUCGCCAUAGCCUUACUAUACUAGCGUGAGUGGUGUGGACGCUACAGUACUUGCUUGCUGCAGUGCUGUGCGUCCCUACGAUUUGUGUAUCUCGAUCGACCGAUUUUCUUCUUCCCUGUAGUAUGGAGUACGAGUGUAGCAACUCCGUGUGGUUUCCGACCAAGUGUUGUUGAAUAAUUAGAGUAAUUAACAUGGAACAUGUGCUAUUUA